AUGUCAGGGCCAAGAGAACUUACAGGUGUUAUGGAUCUAAUUACUCACUUCAAAUUAUUGCCUCAUCAAGAGUUCUUUUGCAAGAAGUCGCUUCCAUUGUCAAUUUCAGAUACACGCUACAUUCACAAUGUGGUGGGAGACACAGAGAUUAGGAAAGGGGAAGGGAUGUAUUUGGAUGAGCUUAUACAACAUAUGUCGUCUUUAAAAGAGGCAAAUUUGCGCAUUCAACCAUUUGACUUGAAUUCUCUUAGAGAAGCUUUUCAACUACGCGAAACAACUCCAAUUGAUCUGCCUCCAUCUGAAAAAGGGAUCCCCAUUGUAGGUUAAUAGUCUAAAAGUGAGUCGAAAUACAAGGAGAAAAAGCAUAAGGAUAAAGACAGGGAGAAGGAAAAAAAGCAUAAGAAGCAUAAACACCAUCAUAAAGAUCAAAUUAAAGACAAGGAUAAAGAGAAAAAGAAAUAUAUAACUGGCCAUCAUGAUUCUGGUGCUGACCUUUCAAGUGGAUGGAGGACCUGGUGA